GCCCCUAAAUAUCGAAUGCUACGCUAUCUCAGGCUGAAGAGGCAAGUGGCAUUCGAUUUAUGAUUGUGUCACCACACAGGAUGCGCGGCGUACCCCGAGGAUUGAGCUUGUCAAAGACCGUAUAAAUGAAACGUGCACCCCAGCUUUAAGCUGAAGAGAUUCGAAAACAUUCCGUCCGGCCAACUGCCAGAAUCGAAAAAUUGACGGUCGCCAGUUCGUUUGAUCGUCAGACGAUCGAACACCAAACGACACGAUGUCCGCCCCAACACUUCCGUCACGCGAGGAAGAAGUGAAGAAGACGGGUUAUGCAAGGUUCUUCGAAAGCCAGACAGUAUUCCUCACAGGCAGCACAGGCUCACUCGGGGGCUGUCUCUUAUACAAACUGGCACUGCAACUCCCAACCCACAAAAUCUUUGUUGUAAUUCGCACAUCUCCGCAAGUGGCCAUCGAGAAAUGGAAGAAGUUGAUGCCACAACAAGCACAGACCAUACUCAGUUCGGGGAAGGUUCACUUCGUGAUUGGUGAUAUGAGAAAAUCAGACUUUGGUAUUAAGGAAGCAGAUUUCAAACAACUGCAGCAAGAGGUCACACUUGUCAUUCACGCCGCGGCAAACAUCUCGUUCACCAUGGAUCUUAAAGACGCGGUUGAACAGAAUUGUCUUCCUCCAUUGGAACUAGGGAAGAUUGCUUCACGAUUCAGACGUCUCAAACUUUUUAUCCAGAUCUCGACAGCAUAUGGAAAUAGCUUUCUUCCAGAUGGUUAUGUCGGGGAGAGACGGUACUCGAUUUUUGAAGAUCCGGAAGAAGAGUUGGCGCAAAUCAUGUCCUCCGGCACCUCUCCGAAAGAAGCACACUUCUCGUCAAUGUAUGCCCUCGCAAAACACCUCACGGAGUGGUUAUUUCUGAAGAGAUAUCCGCUUCUACCUUUGCUUCUCGUGCGACCAACGAUAUUCGGAGCUGCCAUGCGCGAUCCAUAUCCACUCUAUGGGCCUCCGAAUUCAACCCCAAUGCGAAAAUUUGCUGAGUUCUUGGUGGCAGAACCUGGAACUCAGGUCUGGCAUGCGGCCAAGGGGUAUAAAAGCGGCAUGAACACACUUGACGAGAUUCCUGUAGACUUUGUCGCCAAUAGUUGUCUUAUGCACGCAGCAGCAAACACACAGGGAAUUGUCCAUCUCGGUUCGCAACUAUACCACCCAAUGACUUUCGACGACUUCCUGCGCCUCGUGGAUAGCAAUGCACCUCCGGGAUUCCCUCUUCCCACUAUUGUCUUCACAGAAGAUUAUAGUGUUCCACAACACUUCCUGGCCGAAUUGGUGAAGGUGGCAAGUCGCAACUGGGUGUUUGACUGUGGCCGGUCAUAUUGGCUGAAACAGAUGGGUGGUCCAUUGAGUCUGGCUUCAUGUAAACAUGAGAUGGAGAGUCUGAAUGUGGCACGAGCAAAGGAAGUUUAUGAGAAUCAUAAGCAAAGGGCAAAGCUCUAGAGGAAAUAUUCAAGACUGGGCUUUGCCUAUGUUCAAUUAGCUGACUAUUGUACUUAACUCGCGACUAUGCCAUAUAAUAGUUUAAUGUCCCACAUGAAGGUUUUGUAGCAUACCAAAUUUGUCCCAUGCGAAUGCGUCAUUUUAAACUCG